ACGGUCGUAAUGGGGCGGGGCAGCUGAGCAGGAAUCUAAAUAAAGGAUCGUGCAGGAUUCAAACUACAAACUCUUUCACUUUUCCACCGACUCUUGAGAUUCAUCCCGUGUGCGUGAUGCCGAUACGCCGAGCAGCAGCGCCUCCGACCCAGGAGAAGGCCCCCUCCGCUGCAGCAGAGAAAGAGCCCGAAGCCUCGGAGGAGUCACCCUCUCCUGAGGAGGAGCCGGCGGCAUCUUCAGCCACAGCGGCCGAGACUAAGGAGGGUGAGGGCGAGGCGGCAGCAGCGGCAGGCGAUGCAGGGCCCACAGAGAACGGAGAGCAGAAGGCCGAUGACGAAGCCGGGGAGGAGAAGGAAGGAAAGGGCACAGAGAAGAAAGAUGAGAAAUGCAAGGACUGCGCGGCUGGACAGUGCGCUACACACUGCUAUGUUCUCCUACUAAGGUUAAAGGAUGGCUACAAGUACGAGAAAGCCAAAGUCAAGAAGGUGAAACGGACGAUUCCUGCGUGGGCGAGUGUCGCCUCCAGCAAAAAACUUCCGGUUACCAACUUUGCAGGAACUCAGAACAAAGUGGAUAAUAUUCUCAUUGAAGCGAUCACGUCUUGUAAUGACAAGACCGGGGUUUCGUAUCAGUCGGUCAUGAAAUUCAUCGGGAAAAAAUAUCCAGACAUGGAGCUCGACCGGAAGAAGUUUCUUAUCAAGAAGGCGAUGAAGAAGCAUCUGGAGAAGGGAACAAUCAAACAGCUGAAGGGUAAAGGCCUUUCAGGAACCUUUGCUAUGGGGAAGCAGACUGCCUUGUCUAAGAAAUCUGCUCAGAAGCUGGAGUCUCUGGGAGAUGCUCUUCCUCUCAUCAUCACUCGGCUCUGUGAGCCCAAAGAAGCCUCCUACAAUCUGAUCAAGAAAUACCUGGAGCAGCACUUCCCCAACUUCAACAUUGAGAAGAGGCCAGACAUCCUAAAGACGGCUUUAUUAAAGGCGGUGGAGAGAGGACAAUUGGAGCAGAUCACUGGGAAAGGAGCCAGAGGAACUUUCCAGCUAAAGCGUACCGGGAACCAGGUCCUGCUGAAGGGCAGCACCUUGGAAGACGCCAUCACAGCCGCCAUCACAGCCAUGAACGAACCUAAAACCUGCAGCACCAUCACUCUACGCAAAUACCUAGUAGACGCCAACAAGGACAGGAAAGAGCACCAACUCGUGGCCAGUCUGAGGAGGACCCUGACAAAGUGUAAAGUUCUGGGCUGGAUGGAGCAGAUCACUGGUCAUGGCUUGAUGGGAACCUACCAGCUCUCGUUCCCGUUCUACCCAAGUCCCACCAUCCUGUAUCCAGACAAGUUCCUCCAAGAGCCUGAGAAGAAAAACGCUGCUACUCCAACAAAGCGGAGGCGCACGGCAGAUACUUCUGAUGAGGAAGAGGAGCCAUCAGAAGAAGAAGAGGAAGAAGAAGAGGAGGAAGAUCAGGAUGAUGAACCUCCUCCCCGUAAAAGGAAUUCUCAGAAGAGGCCUCCCCCCAAGGUUCGCCGUCCACCACCGGCCAAAAAAUCACGGAGCUCCAGUCAGUCAAAAGCUAAAGGCAGAGGACGAUCCCUCGCUAAGAAGUCUCCGGCCAAGAAAGUGGUGAAGACAUUGGGAAAGAAAGAAACCACGACGCCGUCUAAAGCCACGCCCGUCAAGAGAGGUGCUCCUGCUAGAAAGCCCAAAACGCCAGUCGUCAAAAAGCUGAACAAACGAGCGACCAAGCGGCCGGUGUCCAGCGAGUCGCCCCCCGAGGAAGCUGUAGUCCCAAAGGAGACGACAAGGGUGUCCAAGCGAUCUAGAGCCGAAGAGUCCACCCCUGUGAAGCCCGUGGCUAAAAAGGCAGCGACCAAAGGUGGAUCCAGGCGCCCUGAGCCAGAAGAAUCAUCCCCCAAGGUGCCCAUAGCGAAAAAAGGGGUGAAGGUCGUCAAGAAGACGACUCGUAAGUCAAAGAGAGGGAGGAACUGAGCCCAGGAGCCACUUCCACGAACUGCUCUCAGUUUGCAGCUCUGUUUCAGCGCUCGCUCUCUUGUUAUCCUUGUUUUCUCCUCUUUUUAACGAGGCAGUAGUUUAUUUUUAUUUCUAUUGUAGAAUAAGAAUGUUACGUCACCCUAACAUUAAGUUAACUGUUCAUGGAGGGUUUCCCAAGUUCCUUUUUGUAAUCUUCACGUGUAGAAGCUCAACUAGCAUUGCGGUCGAAGCAGAUAUGUGUCCAGCUGCCAGCAGGAUCCGACGUUCUGUAAACUAGAGCCACGUGGUGACUUCUGUUUUUAUAUCUCCCUCUCAUCCACUCUGUAGGUGUUGGCAGCACACAUUCCUAAUAUCAAAUGAAGUGGGUGUUUCGGAGUGUUGAAAAGAAUGUCCAUUUUAAGUCAACAAUGUGGGUUAAAAUCUUAAUAUUUUAUAAGUCAUGGAUUUAAGCCUGUGUUCUGAACACACAUUUAUUUGGCCAUGCAGCACUGCACCAGAGUCUGAACUGUUAUCCAUACUAGUCCUUUGUAUAAUUAUUUGUUUAAAAAAAAAAAAAAUUGAAAAGAUCUUGCUUGUGCUGGUGACAGGCUGAGGAUUUAACAAGAGAAUAAGACAUAAGAUUAGUGUUCAUUUCAAAACAAGUCACAUCGGGUUAAAAGUCUUUUUAUAUAUCUGUGUGUGUAAUCGAGCAUAUACAUAAUGUGAUUCCAUUGCUUCACAGCUGUAAUUCAGUACAAACUGUAGGAAAUGUGUGUUGUGAAUAAGGAGGAUAAUAGUUCAUACAGUACAUACCCUGCAUGCAUGUAUUCCUUGUGUUGAUAAGCUUUUUUUUCCAAGUCAUUAAUAAAAUGGCUAUAUUUGUAAA